AUGGAAAUUCACGAUCAAGAACUCCAACCUUCAACGAAACAAGACUACGAGGUUAGACAAAAACAGCAACGUGAAGAGAAACAACACAACAAUGUCUCUUUAGAUUUGAAGAUCAAGAUUCCAUCGUACGAGGAAGAGAAAGAUAUUGAUUCAUUAAACGACGGUUUCAAGACUCCUACAACCAUGGAACACAAAAUUCAAGCGAUUCUUCCACCUCCACCUAGAAAGCCAAAACAACAUCGUCCAUCGAAGAAAAGAAAAGGUCAUUUUAACUCUCAAGUUAUACUUGAUCUAUCUCAAGAGAUUGAGUACUUGUUUUCCACUACGCCAUUAGAUUUGGAUCUUGGCCCUAGUAAUGGUAAGAAUCAUAAGAAGGUUAAACUUUUUUAA